CGACGGGCGGUCCCGGCUCGGCCAAUGGGAGCCCUGCGCCCCGUGUUUCCCUUCCGCUGUUAAAGGCGGUGCGGCGCGGAGCAGCGCGGUGGGGUUUGCAGUGCGGGCGGGGGAGCGGCGGCCCCUUUAAACUAUGCCCGCGGCGCGCAGGUGACCAUGCAAUGGCGGUCGGUGCUCCUGGGGCUGCUGCUGCUGAGGCUGGCGCUGCAGGCGCUGCUGGCGCUGCUGCCCGCGCUGGCGCCCGGCCUCUGCCUGCGCCGCCGCUUCCCCUUCACCUUUCCGCCACCGCCCGGCGCCGCCGGCUCCUCGCACUGGGGCUCGCUGCUGUGGCGGGACGGCGAUGGCGGCGGGGCGGCGGCGGCGGGGGGUGACGAGUACGAGCGGCGGUACAGCGGAGCCUUCCCGCCGCAGCUGCGGGCCCGGCUGCGCGACGCCGCCCGCGGCAUGUUCGUGUUCAGCUACGACAGCUACAUGCAGCACGCCUUUCCCCGGGACGAGCUCGACCCGCUGCACUGCCGCGGCCGCGGCCCCGACCGCCGGGACCCCUCCAACCUCAACAUCAACGAUGUCCUGGGGAACUACUCGCUGACGCUGAUCGACGCGCUGGACACGCUGGCGGUAAUGGGAAACUCCUCGGAAUUCCAGAAAGCAGUGAAGUUGGUGAUUGACACAGUUUCAUUUGAUAAAGACUCAACAGUGCAAGUGUUUGAGGCAACAAUCAGGGUUUUGGGAAGCUUGCUUUCUGCCCACAUAAUAAUCACAGAUACCAAACAGCCUUUUGGUGAUAUGACCAUUAAGGAUUAUGACAAUGAACUGUUGCAUAUGGCUCAUGACCUAGCAGUGAGAUUACUUCCGGCCUUUGAGAACACCAAAACUGGAAUUCCGUAUCCUCGGGUCAAUCUGAAGAAGGGGGUACCUCCAGACAGCAAUAAUGAAACCUGUACUGCAGGAGCUGGUUCUCUGCUGGUGGAAUUUGGGAUCCUUAGCAGGCUGCUUGGGGAUUCCACGUUUGAGUGGGUGGCCAGGAGAGCCGUCAAAGCACUGUGGAGUCUCAGGAGCAAUAACACUGGGCUGCUAGGAAAUGUCGUGAAUAUUCAAACUGGUCAUUGGGUUGGAAAGCAAAGUGGACUGGGAGCUGGGUCAGAUUCAUUCUAUGAAUACCUUCUGAAGUCUUACAUCCUCUUUGGAGAAAAGGAAGACUUGGAGAUGUUCAAUGAUGCUUAUCGGAACAUUCAGAACCAUUUAAGAAGAGGUCGAGAAGCUUGCAAUGAAGGUGAAGGUGACCCUCCUUUGUACGUUAACGUAAACAUGUUCACAGGACAGCUGAUGAACACGUGGAUUGACUCUUUGCAAGCGUUUUUUCCUGGACUACAGGUAUUGAUAGGAGAUGUGGAAGAUGCUAUUUGUCUCCAUGCUUUUUAUUAUGCCAUAUGGAAGCGAUACGGAGCUCUCCCAGAAAGAUACAACUGGCAAUUGCAAGCGCCGGAUGUUCCCUUUUAUCCACUAAGACCAGAGUUAGUGGAAUCCACAUAUCUUCUUUAUCAGGCCACAAAGAACCCAUUUUACCUUCAUGUGGGGAUGGAUAUUCUGCAGAGUUUGGAAAAAUACACAAAAGCAAAGUGUGGCUAUGCCACAUUGCAUCACGUUGUAGAGAAGACAAAGGAAGAUCGAAUGGAGAGCUUUUUUCUCAGUGAAACGUGUAAAUACUUGUAUCUGUUGUUUGAUGAAGAAAAUCCAGUGCAUAAAUCUGGAAAUAAGUAUAUGUUUACUACUGAGGGGCAUGUUGUGUCUGUGGAUGAACGUUUCCGUAACUCACUGUGGCAAGACAUCCUCCCUGGAGAAGAGGACGGCUCAGAAAAAAUUAAACCUAAUGAGUUAAAGGCAGUCAACUUCAGCUCUAAUUGUAACAGAGUUCCUGAUGAGAGGAGAUACUUGCUGCCACUGAAGAGUAACUACAUGAGACAGAUUGAUCGAAUGGUGGGCUUGAUCUGAAUGGUUCUUCGGAGUAACUUUUACUGUAUGUCAGGAGGAGCAUGGGAUUUGACUGUAGACAUUCCUCUCCUCUUCAGCUACACACCUGCAUAUGCUGAGUCACUUGGGUUUUUCCCAUGCUUGUUAGUUUUCAAUUAUGGACGUGAAGGGAGAUCAAGUUCUCUUACAAGUUCAGUCUUCUGAACUGCAGUAACUUCACAUGCCACCUGAAUAGAGAUUUCUUUAAGACCUCCUAUGCAAAAUGUUGGAAAUGAAGGCUGAAUAUGCUUAAAAAAAAUUGGCAUGUGCCACUUGGCUACCUCUUUGUAGCUGUGUUACAAAAGUCCCUUUAGAAAAGGGUCUAGUAUUUAAUUUGAAACGAUUUUGGGACAGGGGAAGGAAUGGGAAAGUGCAAUUUCUUACACUUUUAACUAUUGAGUUAUUCUGACUAGCAAUACACACCCUUAAGUACUACUCAGGUAGGAACCCACUGGUAAUGGGUUUUGCUGAAACAAAAAAUCACUCUAUCUGGAAUAGUAUCUUGAAAAUGUAACUCCUGAUCAUGUAAAAAGCUAUCAGUAUAGUCAUCAUAUUCCUCAGUUACAUGGAACUGCAUGGUCUCAAGAGCCUGUAGCUAUAGAAACCAGUAAUAAAACAAAUCAGGUGCCUUGUUUUUAUAGGGGAAUGGGUUGGGAGGGAAGGGGAAAUUGCCGCUUAGCUUUCCAAGCAGCUAACUUGACAUAGCUUAGUUGAGCAGAAGUUCCAAAAGUUGCGUUGUCUGCCGUGUUUUUAGUGCCUUUUUCAGAGAGAUGCUGCUAAGAACUGGUAUAACAGUACAUGAAGAACAAACUAUUCCACAUUCCUGUCAGCAUUAAUAUAUUAGUGCCUUAAAUUUUGUUCUCUAGCAGGAAAAAUUGAGCUUGUUUGGGAAAAUGGAUAGAGCUGGUUACAAAACACAGUGGAUCCCAAAGUAACUUGUGUAUGAGAUGGCUUCUCUUUUUAUCAAGGUAGUGGAAGAAAAUACCAGCCUCUGUGCCCAUCCCAGAGUGUUUCUGAGUUUUAUUAAUCUGGGCUGAGUUUAUUCUUUGUGUCAGUGCAGUUAGUAAAGGGGCUGCCUCUGCAUCAUCCUGGAGAUGGAGGUAGAGGUCUGAGCCUGCAUUGUGCCCACUUCCCUGUGCCACAAGACAGUUUAGUGUAUGCCACUCUAAUGAGUUUGUGGGUGCAGCAGCUGCCAGUGCUGACUGCUGUGCUACCUGUGCAGUGUACCUGUGACCUGUGCCCCCUGGUUCCAGUGAGGAAUGGUGAGAACCUGCUGUUGCUGCAUCCCAGCUUCUUGAACUGCAGCUCAGUUAUGUUUGAGGAAUAACUAUAGGCUUUCAGGAAGAGAGCAGUUAAAUUCAAGCAGGGUUGUUGAGGAUUGAAAACUAAGUGAGGCCAAAACAACUUACUCUAAAUACAACAGUUGUUUGGGUUUUUAUUGGUUUUGGUGGUGUUUUUUUUUCUCCAGUGACUCCCUGUUGCGUAUAUGCUUUUUAAUUUUGACUACAGUUGAAGUAGCUGAAUGUUACUGUUGGGUUAAUUAUUUUUAAAUGAAGGCUUAAACAUAAGGGCAAACUUGGUCUGCUGUAUUUUCACAUUCUUAUAACAACAUCGGUUUUCAUCAACCAGAUGUUGCAACUCAAAGCAUUUCUAAUAAAUAUGGUGUGAUGAAGAG